GAAUCAUCGAAGCUCUCGGGCAAUGCGCGGCAUCGCCUCCUUCCAGCGCUUCACGAGCCCUCGAGCUCUCCUCUUUCGACCUCCUUCUCCUCCUCCUCCUUAUCAUCAUUCCCCAUCGAAACCCUACUCUCCUCUCCUCGCCCAAUCGUUGCUACCAAGUAUCACUCGAUUCAGAAGCUUGCAGACUGAUGCCUCUCCAGUCAUCGUCUCCGAGGACGAUAGCUUCGGAAAGAAGCAGGUCAUCAGUCUCACGCCGCAGCUCUAUGACUACAUCUUGUCCAAUGUUCGCGAGCCUCCGAUCCUUCGUGAGCUCCGGGAAGAGACGGCGACCUUGAAAGGAAGCCAGAUGCUGGUUUCUCCUGAUCAGGCCCAGCUGCUAGCAAUGCUUGUUCAGAUCCUUGGAGCAAAUCGUUGCAUUGAAGUUGGUGUUUUUACUGGGUACUCGUCUUUAGCUGUUGCACUAGUACUGCCGGAAUCAGGUUAUUUGGUUGCCUGUGAAAAAGACGCAAAAUGUCUUGAAAUUGCAAAGAAGUAUUAUGAGCUUGCUGCCGUGGCUCACAAGGUGGAUGUAAAACAGGCACUGGCAGCCGAUACUCUACAAUCUUUACUUGAUAAAGGUGAAGGUUGCAGUUAUGAUUUUGCAUUCCUUGAUGCUGACAAGCGAAAGUAUGAUGAAUACUUCGAAUAUCUAUUUCAACUGGUGAGAGUGGGUGGCGUAAUUGUCAUCGAUAAUGUUCUUUGGCAUGGGAAAGUUGCCAACCCUAAUGAAACAGACAAGAAGACCAAUUCCUUGAGAAAGUUCAAUCGGAAAAUUUUCAAGGACGAACGCAUAAGUACAAGUGUGGUACCAGUUGGUGAUGGCAUGACAAUAUGCCGUAAAAAAUAAUAGCACAAACUUAAAUGAGCAUUGCAGAGGCCAAACUGCUGAUUGAUAUGGAACUAACAAGUGGUAAGAGAAAUUAUGAGCACAGAGGCAGGGUUUAAGGUCUGAUAAUGCUCACUGGUUUCUGGGCUUUUUCAGAUUAUUUGGUUUGUUAUUAUUACCUGAAGAGUUUUUUCAGGUUCGGAAAGGAUUUAUAAAGGAUUUUGUUCUCUUGAUUUUUUUUUUUUGGUUGGAUUUGUGCAUCCCAGCAGUACCGAAUGGGGGAUUUUUGGGAUCUUUGUACUAUGAAAUGUAAAAUUAGAUUAAGAAAACAAUUUUUUCAAGAAUA